UUGCAUCCGCAUCAAAGACUAGUGCAGCUACGCAAACGGCGAAAAUUUGACCUUAACGACGAGGGGAGAUCGAGAGUGACUAGCCCCCAAAUAUAACUCCAACAUGAUUUCGUGAGCUGAGAUCCACCAUGCGAGAUCAGGGAGACUUCAAGAGCGGUGUGAAGCGCUUUGCUUAUGAUGGAGGGAAAUCAACUAAGAGCAACAGUGCCAGUGAUGAAUGGGACAGCUUUGGUAUAACCAAACCAGUUAAAGAAAUCAAAGAACUGGAUGAGUUGAACAACAUAUGGAGCAUCCAGAAGAACGUGUCACUCAACGGGUCGCCGUUGAAACCCCAGGGUACGACUGUCCAGGCUGCUCCCACUGGAACAGGAUUCUACUCCCGGCAUGGCCAGCACAACUCACUCAAGAUGUCGGAGGGGACAAGGUCCUCCCCAAGUCUGAAUACAGCAGCUCAACCCCGGAGCUCCUUCUCCAUGAAUCCCCAGCGGUCGGGAUAUUCCUACUCACAACCUGAUUCUGGAACCACUGCCACGACCUUUCCUCUUCUGUCGUCAACUAGUGGAGGGUCUAACUACCAGUCACAGAGUCGUUACAAUGAUGCAACUCAUCCGGCCAGUAACCAAAGACAUCUCCCUGGAACUACUGUUAUGAAUACAAGGACCUCUUCAAUUGGCAUGCAAAAGCCAAAUCAACACUAUUCUGCCGAUUCCCAGCAGCCUGGAGGCAACAGCAACAGGUCAUCUAGGACAGGGAACCAUUGGCCAAGCUUCUGACUCUUGUCAACAAUUUUCACUGUUGACAGAUUCAAAGAGUAUCCCUUUUUAAAGAUUUGGGUCAGAGGUCAAAUAUAUGAGGCACUGCCACUGUGUUCUAUCCACAAGGCCAUCAACUCGUAUCCCAGUUUGCACCGGGGCACAAAUCUUCACGUCAGUUUCACAUGUGACUAAUAUCCCAGUGCUGUUUACAUCUCUAGAAAAAAAAGCUGUCACAUGAACAGUACAUUGCCUGACUAAGUCAGCUUAAGCUCAUGUGCAAAGCUGAUGUGCAAAGGACUCAUUUGCAUAUUUGCCGUAUCAAAGAAAGCACCUGUGUCCACCUGUGCAAAUCAUGUAGAGACAUAAGGUGAUAAAUCUCACAAUCUUGUGAAUUGUAAAAUAUUAGUUUGUGAUUUUUAUUGCAUUGAUGACACCUAAUCUGAAUCACUGUACAUAAUUCGAAGGAAUUCUGACGUCAGAAAUUUUUAGCGUGUACAUAUAUAUAUACAUAUAUAUGAAAUCAUGUAACUUAAAAAUUUGUUUGCUGUGCUUGUAUGUGGUUUAACACUGAGAUUAAAAUUUAUUAGAGUUUUAUUUUUUCAAACAUUCCGUAUAUAUUUGAAAUUUACAGUACACAGAGACCUACUGGUGGAUUGAAUAUUGUACUUUUAUGCAUUUUUACAUAUCUGUUGUUGAACUUUUUAGUUACAAUGUGUGAUGCGAUGUUCUGCAUGUUCUGCACUCUUACUGUAGUCGAACAAAAAUCCUUUACGAAACCAUCAUUCUUGUUCACAAAGUACACAUCAGGAGCUGUCUCAUCUCUCCUAAGUUUCACUUCCUAAGUCAUAGGGAAUGGUCACUUCUGCAACCACAGCACAUAUAUUGUGUUCCACUCACUAGUCUAACAGACAUUUGAAGCAAGAUCUGGGACGUAGAGAACUCCCCCACCUUUGUGUUGGUCAUUGUUUGAUCGGAAUCUCAGGAAUUCUUUUCAGACAUGGGGGGGAUGUGUUUAUAGGUAACAAUAGGCUAGGGUGUGUAUAGGGAUUGGACAUGUGAGGAAGGGUACCCUACCGUCCCAUCUCUUGUUGGGUAUACUAACGGCAUUGUUCUGCUCCAAACACUUGAGGAACUCAACUCACAGCUGUGUGUAAUGUGAGCCAUAGCCAGGCACACUGUACCCCGUUUUGCUUUCCGGAUUGAGUGGGAUAAAUUCAACCCUCUUCAGGUUGGAUGAAGGUGUUUGAUUACCAUUCCAUUCAUGGUUUGGGUACCAGUUUGUUUGAUCCUGUUACCAGUCGUAAUAAAUGGUUUCAGAAAACAAUCUGGGGGUAGCAGAGUUAUGUUUCACAAUCAACUUGUUUAGACCAUUGCCAGGGUUGUGUUUUGGUACUCUGAGAGUCUGAACGGCACAGGAGACUUCAUCAAAAGAUUUAGAAUAGUAAAACUGGGGAUAGUGACCCCACAAAAAUUUCUUCGUAAAAAGAACAGUGUGUUCAUGAUAAUGUCUGCUACCCAGUUUCUCAUUUUCCCCUGAAAACCACCUCUGAUUGGUUAAUCCUAUGAAAGGACAUGUUGGACUGGCUAUUUUUGUCAUGGUUUCUAAUAAACGGAUGAUACUAUAAAUUUGUUGUAAAUUGGAAAAUAAUACUUCAAACUUUGCAUAUAACAUUCUCAGGACCUCAUCAUUGUGGGUAGAUGGUUUUCUAAAAUUUUCUGAGAAUGGAAUUACAACUGACCUGACAUUUGGGUGUUGGGAUUUGGCAACCUUUUCUUAAGAGUAUUCUUAAUGCUGUUUUUAGGGAAGAGGUUUCAGGUACUUUCAGUUACUUUGUACUUUGAAUAAUUUCCUUCAAUUUAAGACAUAAAACGGGAAUCAGGACCAAAAGUGCCUACACACUUCAUUGUAACUCCUUUCACUGUUUUCUGUUAUAUUUCAGUGGAAAGAAACUGACCAAUAUUGAAUUUUUUAAAUACUCAAAACAUAAAUAUGACUUAAACACUGCUUACGUAAAAUAGUUCGAGUGUAAAAACCGUGGCAGGUCUGAACACAGAUACCUCAACUUUUGUCAGUUUUCCUUCUUUUUGGAAAUUUUUAUUCUAAAUUUGCAAUUUACUGGUACAAGGCAUGUGUGCUGUUUUAAAAAUGUAUUUUUGGUUUUCGGGUGAAGACAUUUGUAAAGGUUCACCUUAAUUUAAGACUGAAUCAGAUUUGUGGUGAGAAAUACCAGUGUUAAACUGUUGUAGUCAAGACCACUUAAGACCUUCACAAGACCACACGAGACCAGCACAAAACCAACAGAAGACCUCCAGUCUGAAUUCAGGUCACCAGCUAUGCAAAUGAACUGCAGCAAAAGCAUUCCUUUGUCAUUGUUCACCCUGUUACUUGUGACCGGUCUUGACUACAACACUUGUGUUAAGUCCGUGUUAAAUUGGUUGUCUUCAUUGUCCUGCUGGCUCAACCGUAACAAGACCUUUUUUAUUCUGAAUACAGGUAUGGGUUUUGACAAGUGGGUUUAUCUGUGGUCGAGUUUGGGCGGCCUGUUGACACGGGUUUCUUGUUCUCACGCUUGAACGGCGGGAACACGACUCAAGAACACUG